ACCCAGCUGGAGAAUAAUAACAACCGGGCAUGGACCACCGCACUUACGGUGCAUCGAAAAUAUUGCCGAAACUACUAGCAUUCGAAUCCACGACCCCGAUACAGUCAGUUUUACGUUUGCUAUGGAAUAUACCGUAAAAUAUGGCGCCUUUCGGAAGAUGUACGAAUUUCUUGAAAAGGGCAACGAGGGUUACGUGACUGAUUCUGACACCUCUUUCGAUCCGGUAACAGUGACACGCCGUUUUAUCGUCUGAUCUGCUUAUGUAAAUGACGCAGUAACACCGCCGAUCGCCGACUAGCGGGAAAUUUAAAAGUUUCCCAUGGUGUGAGGUUCCCAGGCUAUGGAAAGUAUGGUUGAGGAAAAUGGAUCCGCUGUUGACCCAUUGUCUACUGGCUCCCAAGGUGGUGAUGCUGCGCCAGCAAUAGCCACAUCGGUACAAUCUCUCAAUAGAACACAGCAGCAAACUCAUCAUCUGGUAACUUCCACCAGCAUUGUGCAACUGACACUACCUACGUCAGCAGCAACACAGGUACAAUCUGUCAUACAGCCUAAUCAACAGUCAGUUAUUCAGACUGCAACAAAUGUUCAGCCUGUUGCUAUUUCAAAAGGAAAUGUUAUACUUGUUAGUAACAAACCUAAUUCUGUUAUACAAACAGCCCAAGCAAGUUUGCAGACGCUACAGGUAGUUGAAACUGGUAGUGAUGACAGUUUCUCAGAUUCUGAAGAGUCUUCGGAGCAAAGAGGAGGUAUUCUCACCAGAAGACCGUCUUACAAGAAAAUUCUCAAUGAUCUUGGCGGUGGCGAAAUUACAGACGGUCGAUUGCCCCCCCUAGAAUCAUCUUCUGAGUGUGAUUCUAACGUGGACAGCGAAGUGUCUUCCCACUCGCUUCAUUAUCAGACAGUAAUUCCUGCCGGUACCAUCCAAAUCGCAACGCAAGCAGAAGGUGUCCCUGGACUUCACACGCUAACAAUGAGUAACGCGGCAACAGCAGGUGGAACUAUAGUACAGUAUGCACAGGGCCAAGAUACACAAUUUUUUGUUCCAGUCUCUGGCAAUGUUCCAGCUUAUACAGGACACACAGUUGUAGUAGAAGACGCAGCUAGAAAAAGGGAAUUAAGGUUGCUUAAAAAUAGACAAGCAGCCCGCGAAUGCAGAAGAAAAAAGAAGGAGUACAUCAAAUGUCUAGAGAAUCGGGUCGCGAUAUUGGAGAACAGGAAUCAAACGUUAAUAGAAGAGCUGAAAUCGUUGAAGCAGCUAUGCGUACCAAAAACUGACUGAGGUUGGUGCUUAACACUGGAUUCUUGUAUGAAAACUAUUAACCUGCUAAAAAAACUUGUACAUGUCUUCUUUAUGUACAUUAUCCUAAAUGUUGUUAGAUAAGCAAACGGUGAUGUACAUGCAUUCUUAUAAAUAAGUGUUUCUGUAACAUACUGUAUUUAAAGAAAGGAAAAGCGCGAAUCAUAAAGGCUUGUGAAACUUGCUAUUACUAAAGCGAGAAGCCAAAGGUAUAUGAGGUACAGAAGAAGCAAAACUUGUAGGCAAUAUUCUGGAAGUCAAUCUAUAUUUUGGAUAAACUUAACGAUCGGGGGUGCAUUCGAAUUAUUAAUGUUUUAAUGUUCGAAAUAUGUAUUGAUAAAGGGAACGAAAAAUGUUAUCGUGUUUAUAGAACAUAUUCAUUUAGAUUGCAGUGAUUAUGUGAUGUCGAAUGGUAUACCUGUCGUACCGGUUCCACAUUGAACAUUUCACAGUCGUGUAGUUUCAUCGUACUUUAAAAACUGACGUUAGGAGUUUCAAAAGGAUCAUAAAAUAAUGGAACAAUGGAAGUACGUUUAGUAGUCAAUUUAUAAUUAAAAUAACUGAUCGCUGAUACACGAAUCGCCUUAUACACAAUAUUUGCUAACGUAAUUUAGAAAUUAGAUACAGCUGUGAGUUAAAGGUCACAUAGUUUCUGCGUAAAAAUGAAAUGAGCAUAGUUGUUAGAUAACAGUGUCUAUAUAGUUUUUUUUUCAAUAUAUCUUUAUUCUUUUAUACUUGGGAGGAGCGAGUGAAAGCUGAAAAGAAAUGUACGAUCUUAUUAUAGAAGUCUUUAAAGCUUAAACGAAGAUAUAACAUGUAAAUAGGAAAUAUAGAUCGAAAUUUUCCUUGUUUCAUUGUAGCUGGUCGUGCAGGGUGUUCGGUUAUUAGUGGGAAAAAUUUCAACAAGUGAUUAUAGAAGUCGAAAGUCGAGAAUAACAAAAUUGCGUUCGAUGCUCCAUUCUCUAGUUAUAAGAGAUUAAAAAUUGCAUCUAAUAUCCUAUGGUUUUCAACGGGCAUAACGUACGUUAAAAAUUCUAAAUGCUAACAUACUUUCUAGCGUUUGCUUUUAGACGCACGUUGUAUCGUGAGAACUAGUGCCGAACUAGAAGUAAUUUUUCAUCGCUUGACACUCAAGAAAUGAAAUCUCGAACGCAGUAUUCUUAGUUUCAACUUUUGUCUUAGAAUCACCCUUUAAAAUUUUUCCCACCAGUAAUCGACCAUCCUGUAUAGCUAUUAUAUAGGUAUGUAGCUAUAUGAUUAUAUACGGCGAUCGAGGAAAGGAAGCAGUGGUUGAAAUGCUCUUUCAUCUGAAUUUACUUUCUACAUUAAGAUGCCUCAAAUGCGAGAAGCUAAAAGUGAACAUGUAAAAUAUGAAUGUAAUAUAUGAUAUAUAUCUGGAGUGCCUUGAAGAUUUCUGUAUACACGUGACACGUGGUGUGUAGGAAUAAACGCGCGCACGCGCGCGCUCGCGUAAUGUACGUAUUACAUUUACGUAAAAUAUGGGUACAUAUAAUAUUUUUAAACUAUAUAACUAUGUUAUACCCUGUUCUGCAACACUGUCGAACGGCUACGUUAACACGCGUAUUGAAUGUUUAUUCAAAUAUGUUCUCAUAUUUUCUAUAAAUUAAAUAAAACCAUCAAGUUGCUACUGUAUUUUCACGUACGGUGUAUUGUAAACCACAUUUAUGUUUUACUGGAAAGUAGUAAGUGUCUCCCAACAAUCAAUGAUUAUUCUGCGAUGCAUUUUUUCAUACAAUUAGCGUUUUGUUGCUUAAGUACGAACAAUACUUGGCAUGUAAUUUUGGCUGCUAUGCUAGCAAAAAGAGAAUAUAAUUUCAUUUACAAAAAAUCCAGUUUAAUCAUUCGACAAUUCGAUACGUUUAAGAGUUAAUUAUAGUUGAUACGAAAAAAGUGUAUAAUUACGUUUCACAGUUGUUAAAUGAUUUGUAUAAAAAGCGUAUUAAUGCUUAUCUUCAUACUGCUUGUAUACAUAUCUAUCUUUUGUAUAAAUAAUACAUAUUUUUUUUAGUAAAUAUAGAUCGAUCAGAGUAAGUAGACUUUUUUUAUGAUAUAUGAUUUGUAAAAUGAUUUCUCACAAAAUUUCACAUUUUGGCUACACAAAAUAAAUACAAUUAUACUAUGCCCUUACACGUUUAACGUUUGUAAUCUAUAGUUGAACAAUUCUAAUCGAUUGAAAAGUAGAUUGUUUUUCAAUUAUCCUAGGUAUAAACAAUGAAAGUACAAUGUACUUAUAUGGUAGCGUGUUACAUGUAUGUUUCUUCGUUGUAAGUUUUUUCUCCAACCGAUACAAGUCUAAUUUAGACGAAAUAA